GUGCGCGCGCGCGCGGGGCAGCUGGAGGGCAACAGAGUCCACACACGCCAGCCUUGCUAGUGACAGCAGCGCGCGCCAGGAGCGUCCUUUUUGUUUCCUUUUUUCGCCCCGCGAGGCGCGAAGGGGAGCCCAGCUAGAGCCUCGCGCGGCGGCAGUCACUCCUCCUGCGGCGGCGACGCUGCUAACGCCUUGCCCUUUCCCAGCCGCGGCGUUUGACAUGGCGCUCUUGUUCUGACUGGGAGCCCUCCUCCGGGCUUUGGGUGUUUCUGUUGCGCUCUCGCACCGACUCUUCGGGGUUCCUUUCCCUCAGCGAGACGUGCUCCAGGAGGACAGCCACACAAGGAAUAACGACGCUCCCGGCGCUGAGCUCUCAGAAUGGCAGAUGAGAAUGCAUAUCUCUUGGGAGAUCAUCCGAUGUUUGCAGUGGACUUCAUGGGGAUGAAUCAGCUGUAUAAUAACACGGGCAUGAUUACGUCAGAACUACCACUUCGCACAGCUGAUGGACCAUACAUUCAAAUUGUUGAACAACCUAAGCAGAGGGGGUUUCGUUUCCGCUAUGUUUGUGAAGGACCAUCCCAUGGUGGACUUCCUGGAGCAUCUAGUGAAAAGAACAAAAAGUCAUAUCCACAAGUUAAAAUCUGUAAUUAUGUUGGGCCUGCAAAAGUCAUUGUACAGUUAGUCACAAAUGGAAAACAUGCCCAUCUGCAUGCUCACAGCUUGGUGGGGAAGCACUGCGAGAAUGGAGUAUGCACAGCUAAUGCAGGACCAAAAGAUAUGGUCGUAGGUUUUCCAAAUUUGGGUAUACUUCACGUUACAAAGAAGAGAGUAUUCGAUACACUGGAAGCACGCAUGAUGGAUGCAUGUAAAAAAGGUUAUAAUCCAGGUCUUCUGGUACACCCUGAACUCAGCUAUAUACAAGUGGAAGGUGGCGGGGAGAGGCAGCUAACAGAACGUGAAAAAGAAAUUAUACACCAGGCCGCAAUUCAACAGACUAAAGAAAUGGACCUAAGUGUGGUGCGGCUCAUGUUCACCGCUUUCCUUCCUGACAGCACUGGCUGCUUUACAAGAAGACUUCAGCCUGUCUUAUCGGAUCCUAUAUAUGAUAGCAAAGCCCCCAAUGCAUCCAAUUUAAAAAUUGUACGGAUGGACCGGACAGCAGGCUGCGUGACAGGAGGAGAAGAGAUUUACCUUCUUUGUGACAAGGUUCAGAAAGAUGAUAUUCAGAUCCGUUUUUAUGAAGAAGAUGAAAAUGGUGGCUUCUGGGAAGGGUUCGGUGACUUUUCACCUACUGAUGUGCACAGACAAUUUGCCAUUGUAUUCAAAACACCAAAAUACCGAGACGUCAAUAUCACAAAACCAGCAUCCGUUUUUGUCCAGCUGCGGCGGAAAUCUGACCUAGAGACAAGUGAACCAAAGCCUUUUCUGUACUAUCCUGAAAUCAAAGAUAAAGAAGAAGUACAAAGAAAACGUCAGAAACUCAUGCCCAGCUUCUCUGAUAGUUACGGUGGAAGCGGUGCAGGUGCCAGCGGAGGUGGCAUGUACGGAGGAGGAGGUGGAGGCGGCGGUAGUGGUGCCGGAUCAGGGUAUGGGUACCCACCAUAUGGGUUUUCUAGUUAUGGAGCAAUGCACUUCCAUUCGAGCACAAACAAGGCUGGUGGUGCAGGAAUGAAACAUGGAUUCUCAGAUGACAAGCCUGAGAAGGAUGGUGAAAGCCACUGCAACAAAAAACACAGUGUGAAAUUCAAGGAGAAAGUAAAGGUUGAAGAGCCAGGCAACACUGGAACUGGUGCUGCCCCUGACGUGAAAGCAGAAGAAGCUACUUUGUCAUGUGCUGACACAGAUGUUAGUUUACAAGAUGGUUUAUUUUGGAAGAAGGCCCUGGAGCUUGCUAAGCGUCAUGCCAAUGCCCUUUUUGACUAUGCGGUAACUGGAGACGUGAAGAUGCUACUAUCUGUUCAGCGCCAUCUUACAACUGUCCAAGAUGAAAAUGGUGACAAUGUCCUUCACUUGGCAAUUAUUCAUCUUCACAUGGAACUGGUGAGGAACCUUUUAGAAGUGGUAGCAGAUUUGCAUGCUGAUGAUGUUCUCAAUGUGAGGAAUGACAUUUAUCAGACCCCUUUACACUUGGCUGUUAUCACAAAGCAGACAGGAGUGGUGAAAGACUUGUUGAGAGCUGGGGCAGAUGUGAGCCUUUUGGAUCGCCACGGCAAUUCAGUCUUGCAUCUGGCGGCCCAACAGGGAGAUGAGAAAGUGUUAAAUGUGCUGCUUAACCACAAAGAGACAUCUGUGAUGAAAGACCUUCCUAAUGGGGAAGGUUUGAAUGUCAUUCACCUGGCUGUGAUGGCAAACAGUGUGUCUUGCCUCCGACAGCUCAUUGCUGCUGGGGCUGAUGUCAAUGCUCAGGAACAAAAAUCUGGGAGAACUGCCUUGCACUUGGCUGUUGAACAAGGGAAUAUUUCCUUGGCAGGUUGCCUUUUGCUUGAGGGCGAUGCAUUUGUUGACAGCACUACAUAUGAUGGAACCACUCCACUUCACAUAGCAGCUGGAAGGGGCUCUUCAAAACUGACAACUCUUCUCAAAGCAGCAGGUGCAGAUCCCCACAUUGAGAACUUUGAGCCAUUGUUUGAACUAGAAGAUGUGAAAGAUGACGAUGGUGAAGAUGAAGGCAUCAUACCUGGAACAACACCUUUGGAUAUGGCAACCAGCUGGGAGGUAUAUGAUAUCCUGAAUGGGAAACCCACUGAAUUGGAGGUGGCUUCUGAUGUCCUAUUGACACGAGGAAAUAUGAAAGACCUGAACGAGGAUGUCAGGUUACAGCUGUACAAGUUACUUGAGGUGCCUGAUCUGAAUAAAAAUUGGUCCAGAUUGGCACAAAAGCUGGGUCUAGGAAUACUCAACAAUGCCUUCCGGUUGAGUCCAUCUCCACCAAAAACUCUUCUGGAUAAUUAUGAGGUUUCUGGUGGUACAAUAAGAGAGCUGCUUGAUGCCUUGAGAGAAAUGGAUUAUCCAGAGGCUGCUGAAAUAAUUCAAAAGGCAUUAUCCAUCUCAUCAAGCCAGUCCAACCAAGAGAAGGUGAAAGAUGACAGAUCUCCAUCAUGUGAACCACCUUCCUCCCCUGUGAAAACACAACUAGGUGAAGUGUGCAGUCUCAAAUUCCAAGAUGUUGAAAGCAUGUGUGACAGUGGUGUAGAGAUCUCCCUCCGCAAACUCAGCUUCACAUAUUCUGAGCCUUUCACCAGCAGCUCACCAGUAACAGUUAAGAAACUGGGCACAGGAUACGUACAGGACAACUCGCUACAAGGCAAAAUUGAAGCCACCUAGUCAUGCGGAAUGAUUGUGCAGAGUUGUUAAGGAUCCAAAGUGCACUAGAAGAAAAAAGCUCUUUAAAACGUACAUCAGCAGGGCCUUUCAACAGCGACCAGAUCCCAGUAAAGUGGGAGGCUCAGGACAACAGGAGGAUCGGGUGAAUUUUCUUUUUGCCUAAGAUCAUGGAAAUUAAGUGCCCUCUUCAUGUUCAGAGAAAGGUACAUAAGACAUCAACUAUGGCCCAAAGCUGUGAAGCACAAAAACUAGUCAAACUCUGAUCAAAGUAGAUACUUAUGCCAAUACGGAUAAUGUAUAUUUCAGUGAAUGUAUUUAAUUUUUUUCCCCAUGUGGUACCUAUGCACUCAUUCAAGCCUCAAACCAGUUUCCCCCCAUACUAUCUCAGCAUAUUUCUACUGUAAAUAUUUUGGUUUUGCAUGAACUAUUCUUAAGGAGAAAUUUGUGCUUUUUAAAUGCUUUUUUAUUUUACUUUUAUAAUAAAAAGCAAAAUUGAGAUCA